GAGAAUCUGCGGGAUUUCGCCCAGGAAGUAACGAUAAAAGAAGAACGAGACUCAAUUUUUAAAAAAAAAUUAUUUGUAGUCUAAACGGAAAUUAGCCAAGAUGUCAAAAUUUUUUGCUGCAUCUGAAUCAGAUAGUGAAACAUCGGGAGAUGAAAUAAGUGCCGAUCCACGUUCUCGAAUUCAACCAGUUCAAUAUCAAUGGAGUGAGUCUGAUGAUGAGGAAAAGAGAGUUGUUAGAAGUGCGAAAGAUAAAAGAUAUGAAGAAUUGAGAGAUGUCAUUAAGCAAAUUAGCAAUCAUAAAAAGAUUAAGGAUAUGACAAAAGUUCUCUCAACUUUUGAAGAUCUUUCCCGAGUCUUUGAAAAAUCUAAAAAAGUUAUCGAACGAGAAGGUCUACCAAUUCCAAGAUUCUUUUUAAAGUGUUUAACUGAAACUGAAGAUUUUAUUAAUAAAGUAUGGGAAGAUAAGGAUGGCAGAAAAGCUCUGAGCAAAAAUAAUACUAAAAGUCUCACAGCUCUAAGACAAAAAUUUAGAAAAUAUAUUAAAUCAAAUUUUGAAGAAGAAAUUACAAAAUAUCGGGAAAAUCCUGAUGGUGAAGAUGCAGUAGAGGAAGAAGUUGAAGCUGUAGUUGAAGAAGCUCCAGAAGUGGUUAAAGAGAUUGUGCCAGAAGUGCUGAAAGAUGAUGAAGAUUCAGAGUCUGAUUGGUCGAUGAGCAGCACGGAUGAAAGCAGCGAGAGCAAUGACGAAGGAUUCUCUCUGGAUUAUUUCAGGAAAAAAGAUGACGAUGCUAAAACGAAAAAGACAGAAAAAAGAAAAAGUAAACCCAAAGAUAUCAGAAUAUCUAGACAUAGUGGCGAAGAAGACUGGACUGAAGUUACAUCAAUAGAACGCCCAAAAUUAUUUGCAAAGGAUGCUGAGAUUAAUGUUGAGGCUAUCCAAAAGAAAAUGGUUGAGCAUAUUGCAUCAAGAGGUAAAAAGGGAACUGAUAGAUAUUUCAUGAUAGAAGUUCUUGGUGAAUUGAAAACAAUUGCUUUUGCACACGAUCUUGGUGAUCCUAUUCAAAUCAAACUACUAUUUGCCAUUUUACCCGCCAUUUUCGAUUAUAACCCAAAUAUGGCAACGUGUAUGAAAACGGAAAUUUGGGAGAUGUGCUUAAGUUGUAUGAUAGAGCUUAUGGAAUUAUUGGAGAAAAACCCUGCUAUUACUAUUGGUGAAAACAUUCAAGAAGACUCUGAAGUAUUAGAGGGAGAAGAUAUUCAUGUUCGCGGAUCUAUAUUAUCCUUGGUUGAAAGAGUUGACGAAGAAUUUAUAAAAAUGCUUCAAUCGGUCGAUGCUCAUAGUACCGACUACAUCGAAAGACUAAGAGACGAAAGAAAAAUUUAUGAUCUUAUUGUUCGAACUGAGAAGUACUUGGCUGAAAGAAACACAUCAGACGAAGAAAAUUGUAGAAUAUUCUUAAAAAGAAUCGAGCAUGUCCACUAUAAAUUUGAUGCUAGAGUUAUCGACGAUCCUGAAAACCUAGAUGAUGAAGAAAACUCAAUUAAAAUUAUGGAUAGACUAUGUAAAUUCAUCUACACAAAAGAUGUUACUGAUAGAAUUAGAACUAGAGCUAUUCUUUGUCAAAUUUAUCAUUAUGCAAUUCACGAUCAGUGGUUCGAAGCUCGUGAUUUGAUGCUGAUGUCCCAUCUACAAGAUACAAUUGCACAUUCUGAUGUUCCAACGCAAAUAUUAUAUAAUAGAGCUAUGGUUCAGUUAGGAUUAUGUGCUUUCCGUCAAGGUCAUAUAAAGGACGCUCAUAAUUGUCUGGUAGAUAUGCAAAGCGGUGGUAGAUCAAAGGAGCUAUUAGCCCAAGGAUUAUUGAUGCAAAGAGCUCAUGAAAGAACGGCAGAGCAAGAAAAAGUUGAAAAACGCAGACAGAUCCCUUAUCAUAGGCAUAUAAAUUUGGAAUUGUUGGAAUGCGUCUACCUAAUUUCGGCUAUGUUACUGGAAGUUCCUUACCUGGCUGCUCAUGAGUUGGAUGCCAGAAGGAGAAUGAUUUCCAAAAACUUUCACCACGUCCUUAGAUUAUCGGAAAAGCAGGCCGUCGUGGGACCACCCGAAACAAUGAGGGAACACAUUGUAGCAGCAUCAAAAGCAAUGAAAAUUGGAGAUUGGGUUGCUUGUAAAAGUUUUUUGAUUAAUGAUAAAAUGCAACAGAAAGUAUGGUCAUUAAUGCACAACUCUUCUUCUGUAAAAUCUAUGCUGGAGAGAAAGAUUCAAGAAGAGAGUCUCAGAACUUAUUUAUUCUCCUACGCUCAAGUUUACAAUUCGUUAUCUUUGGAAUUUGUUUGCGAGGAAUUUGAAUUGCCGUCGUCAGUUGUUCAUUCAAUUAUAUCAAAAAUGAUUAUAAAUGAAGAGCUAAUGGCUUCUCUUGACGAACCGACGAAAACUCUCGUGAUGCAUAGGACAGAACCAACGCAUGUACAAUCACUUUGUCUGCAAUUGGCGGAGAAGGUAUCAACUCUAAUCGAAAAUAAUGAGAAAAUGGCAGAUAUGAAGAACGGAAACUUCUUUUCUAAACAACUUCCUAAUAUGGCUGGUAACCAACAGCAGAUGAGGCAAACAGAAGAUUAUCAAAGAAGAGUCCAAACCCAACCGAGGGAUAGGCAAAGAAAUCUAAGAUUUUAG